CUCCGACGAUAACUUCACUCCACUCGCAGAUGUCAAUUCGCUGUCACUCAAUUUUCCGAGCAGAAACGCGUGUUGUGCAUUUGGAAAUAUAACAUCAAAUAUCGCCUAAAAUAUGGAAGUGGCUCUGAAUCCGGUUCGCAUCCUGCGGAAUGACGCCCAGGAGGAGAAGGGAGAGAUCGCCAGGUUGUCGUCCUUCGUGGGAGCCAUCGCUAUCGGGGAUCUGGUGAAGAGUACGCUGGGCCCCAAGGGAAUGGACAAGAUCUUGGUGUCGCACGGACGCAACGCGGGAGAAGUGGUGGUGACCAACGAUGGCGCCACAAUCCUCAAGUCUGUCGGAGUGGACAAUCCUGCGGCGAAGAUCCUGGUGGACAUGUCGAAGGUGCAGGACGACGAGGUGGGCGAUGGCACGACAUCCGUGACUGUUUUGGCAGCGGAGUUGCUGCGCGAGGCCGAGAAGAUGGUGGAGUGCAAACUGCAUCCGCAGACCAUCAUAGCCGGCUGGAGGCAAGCUGUGGAUGUGGCCCGUGAGGCCCUGACGUCCGUGGCGCAGGACAACUCUGCUGAUGCGGAGAAGUUCCGCGAGGAUCUCAUGAACAUCGCCAGGACGACGCUGAGCUCAAAGAUCCUGUCGCAGCACAAGGAGCACUUCGCCAAGCUGGCUGUGGACGCGGUGCUGCGUCUUCGCGGGUCUGGAGAGUUGAAUGCCAUCCAGAUUAUCAAGAAGCAGGGCGGCACACUGGAGGACAGUUUCCUGGAGGAGGGCUUCUUGCUGGACAAGAAGCCUGGCGUGCACCAGCCGAAGCGCGUGGAGAACGCCACAAUUCUGAUCGCCAACACUCCCAUGGACACGGACAAGAUCAAGGUGUUCGGAUCGCAGGUGAAAGUGGACUCAAUGGCAAAGAUUGCCGAUCUGGAGGCGGCCGAGAAGGAGAAGAUGAAGGACAAGGUGAACAAGAUCCUCGCCCACAACUGCAAUGUCUUCAUCAACCGUCAGUUGAUCUACAACUACCCAGAGCAGUUGUUCGCCGACGCCGGCGUCAUGGCGAUCGAGCACGCGGACUUUGAUGGGAUUGAGCGACUCGCUCUGGUCACGGGCGGUGAGAUUGUGUCCACAUUCGAUCACCCCGAGCUCGUGAAGUUCGGCCACUGCAAGGUGAUCGAGCAGGUGAUGAUCGGAGAAGACACGCUGCUGCGCUUCAGCGGCGUGAAGCUGGGCGAGGCGUGCUCCAUUGUCAUCCGUGGCGCCACGCAGCAGAUCAUCGACGAGGCCGAUCGCUCCCUGCACGACGCCCUCUGCGUCUUGGCCGCCACGGUGCGCGAGUCCAAGACAGUCUACGGCGGAGGCUGCAGCGAGGCCCUCAUGGCGGGCGCCGUGCAAGCCAAAGCGGCCGCCACGCCGGGAAAAGAGGCGAUCGCCAUGGAGGCCUUCGCGAAGGCCCUUCUGCAGUUGCCCACGAUCAUCGCCGACAACGCUGGCUACGAUUCCGCCCAACUGGUGAGCGAGCUGCGCGCCGCUCACGCCCAGCAGAGCCACACGACGGGUCUGGACAUGGAGCGAGGAAAGAUCGGGUGCAUGAAGGAGCUUGGCAUCACUGAAUCGUACGUGGUGAAGCGCCAAGUGCUCAUGUCGGCGGCUGAGGCGGCCGAGAUGAUCCUCAGAGUGGACAACAUCAUCAAGUGCGCGCCCCGAAGGCGCGUGCCCGAUCGUGGCUUCUGCUAAACUGAUCUUCACACACUCCACUUCGCUUAAGAGUGUCCAAUUCUUAUCCAUUUGUCUCACACUUUGUAUUAAUCCUCCUUUUUUGCGAUAAUAAAUAACUCACCAGUGA